GCUGCCGGGACGCGGGACCCGGCGCGCGCGGCGGUACCCGGCGAGAUCGCAGCGGCUCGGGCAGGGGGAGGAGGGGUGAACUGGGAGCACUGGGGAGAGCUUGAGGAACCGGGUAAGGUCUAGGGGAGCAGGGCAGGGUCUGGUGGAGCCAGACUGGGAGCACUGGUGCUGACUGGUGUGGGCCGUAGGGUGCUGGGCAAGGACUGGGCUGUGAGACUGGGAGCACCGGUGCUGACUGGUGGGGACCCUAGGAUGCUGGGGAGUCGGACUGGGAGCACCGGUGCUGACUGGUGCGGGCCCUAGAGUAGUGGGGAGUCGGACUGGGAGCACCGGUGCUGACUGGUGCGGGCCCUGGGGUGCCGGGGAGUCGGACUGGGAGCACUGAUGCUGACUGGUGCGGGCCCUGGGGUGCCGGGGAGUCAGACUGGGUGCACCGGUGCUGACUGGAGCAGGCCCUGGGGUGCCGGGGAGUCAGACUGGGCACACUGGUGCUGACUGGUGCGGGUCCUGGGGUGCCAGGGAGUCGGACUGGGUGCACCGGUGCUGAGUGGAGCAGGUGCUGGGUUGCCAGGGAGUCAGACUGGGAGCACUGGUGGUGACUGGUGCGGGCCCUGGGGUGCGGGGGAGUUGGACUGGGAGCACUGGUGGUGACUGGUACGGGCCCUAGGAUAGUGGGGAGUUGGACUGGGCGCACUGGUGCUGACUGGUGCGGGUCCUGGGGUGCCAGGGCGUCAGACUGGGAGCACUGGUGCUGACUGGUGCAGGCCCUGGGGUGCCGGGGAGUCGGACUGGGAGCACUGGUGCUGACUGGUGCGGGCCCUAGGGUAGCGGGGAGUCGGACUGGGAGCACUGGUGCUGACUGGUGUGGGCCGUAGGGCGCUGGGCAGGGUCUAGGGCUGCCGGUGGGGGCCGUGGCCCCGGGCUCUGUGGCCAUGCGGGUGCCGCCGGCCCUGCGCCUCGCCGGCGCCCUGCUUCUGGCCGACAUGGCUGCGCUGGCAGUGCUGGCCCGCUUCGGCCCGGCGCUGGCCGGCUUCGGCCCGACGGCCGCCUGGCUCCCGGAGGCCGGGCUGCGCUUGGCGGCGAUGGCCGCGGCCGGGCGGCUUGUGGACCCCGGCGGAUCCCGCUCCGUCGCCGCUUUGCUCUGCCUGACCCCCGCUGCCUUCCUGGCCCUCCGGCCCUACCUGGCGCUGCCCGGCGCCGCCCCGGCCCUGCUGGCCGCCGCCUCGCCGGCGUGGCUGGUGCUGGCCCACGCGGCCGCUGGCCUGGCCCUGCUGACGUGGCGAGCGCUGGGCCGCUCGGCGCCCGCCGGUGCCCCAGCCGCCACCGCCGCCCUGCGCCGGCUGCUGGCCCUCACCUGGCCCGAGUGGCCCUACGUCUGCGGGGCGUUCGUCUUCCUGACGCUGGCGGCCAUCGGUGAGACCUUGCUGCCCUACUACGCCGGGAGGGUGGUUGACGUGCUGAGCACCGGCUUCAGCGCCGCCUCCUUCUCCGCCGCCAUCUGGCUCCUGGGCCUGGCCUCCGUGGGCAGCUCGCUCUUCGCUGGCUGCCGUGGCGGCUCCUUCGUCCUCAUCCUGGCCCGCCUCAACUUCCGUGUCUGCGACCAGCUCUUCUCCCACCUGGUGCGCCAGGAGCUGGCCUUCUUCCAGCAGGUGAAGACAGCUGACCUCAUGUCCCGGCUCUCCAUGGACGUGCCCGUGAUGAACGAGGUGGUGCCCUCCAACGCCAACAUCUUCCUGCGCAGCCUGGUGAAGGCCCUGGGGCUCUACGGCUUCAUGGUGGGGCUGUCGUGGCGCCUGACGCUGCUCACGCUCCUCGAGGUGCCCCUCACCCUCGCCGCCCGCAAGCUCUACGAUGUCCGGCACCAGGUCCUACUGCAGGCCAUCCUGGAGGCCAAGGCACGCGCUGGGGCCGUGGUGCAGGAAGCCGUCUCCUCCAUCGAGACAGUGCAGGGCUUCGGCGCCGAGGAGGAGGAGACGCGCCGCUAUGAGAGGGCGCAGGACGAGACGCGGCGCCUGAAGGACCGGCGGGACCUGGAGCGGGCCCUUUUCGUGCUCUUCCAACGGCUGCUGCAGGUGGCCAUGCAGGUGUUGAUGCUCUACUGCGGGUACCAGCAGAUCCGCGAGGGCGUCCUCACCGUGGGCAGCCUGGUCUCCUUCAUGCUCUACCAGGGCAACGUUGGCGAGGAGGUGCAGGCGCUGGUUUACGCUCACGGGGAUCUGCUGAGCAACGUGGGAGCCGCCAGCAAGGUCUUCGAGUACCUGGACCGGGAGCCGGCGCUGAGCGCGGCUGGCACGCGGGCGCCCGACGUCCUGCGGGGCCACGUCGCCUUCCGCGACGUCUCCUUCGCCUACCCAACGCGUCCUGACGAGCUCGUGCUCCGGAAUGUCUCCUUCGAGCUGCGCCCGGGCGAGGUGACGGCGCUGGUAGGGCUCAACGGCAGCGGGAAGAGCACGUGCGUGGGGUUGCUGGAGCGUUUCUACGAGCCCCGCGCCGGGGAGGUGCUGCUGGACGGCGUGCCGCUGUGGGAGUACGCCCAUGAGUACCUGCACCGCCGGGUGGCACUGGUGGGCCAGGAACCCGUGCUCUUCUCUGGCUCCAUCCGCGACAACAUCGUCUACGGGCUGGAGGGCUGCCGGGAGGACGAGGUGGAGGCGGCGGCCCGAGCCGCCGGCGCCUGGAGCUUCAUCUCUGCCUUGGAAAAGGGCUUUGACACGGAUGUGGGCGAGAAAGGCGGGCAGCUCUCGGUGGGGCAGAAGCAGCGGGUCGCCAUCGCCCGGGCCCUCCUCCGGCGCCCUUCCGUCCUCAUCCUCGACGAGGCCACCAGCGCCCUGGAUGAGGACAGCGAGCUGGAGCUGCGGCGGGUGGUGCAGAGCGGCGGCGCCCGCACCGUCCUCCUCAUCACGCACGGCCCGCGCGCCGCCCGCGUCGCCGACCGCCUCGUCGUGCUGGAGGCUGGCGCCGUGGCCGAGGCUGGGACGCACGCCCAGCUCCUGGCCCGCCAUGGGCCCUAUUCCCGCCUGCUGCAGCGCUGCCCUGACACCCGCGAGCCUUCAGCCUCGCAACGGCCUGAGGAGCUGCCUCGCGCCGACGGUGGCGCCCAUGGGUGAGGAGCUGCCUGGGGACCCAGUGUGCACCCAUGGACCCAGGAGUGCAGUCCCAGUAAGCACCUACCACCACCCAUGGACCCACAUGUCCACCCAUGGACCUAGGUGUGUGGUCUCAUCAGCACCCACCACCACCCAUGGACCCACGUGUCCGCCCUGGUGCCCCCAUGGACACAUGCGUGCGGUCCCAUCAGCAACCAUGGUCCUGUAUCCCCCGCCCUAUAGCACCCACAUCCCCAGCCCUCCGCCCCAUUGCACCCAUGGCCCGUGUCCCCGUCCCCCCCCCGCCCCGCGGUGCCGCCGCUGUCGCCGUCCACGGCCGCCAGGGGGCGCCCGUCGAUCGGCGCCAGCAGCGCAGACCCCGCCCCCAGCCCCGCCUCGUAGCGCAGCGCGCCCCGCCCCGCGCGGGACGUCAGUGGAGGGGGGCGGGGCUGUGCACGGGGCACGCGCGUGUGUGCGGGCUCUGCUGUCCGGCACGGUGCACGUGUGCACACGCGUGGGCACGUGUGCGCACGCUUUGCUCGCAGGGGCUGUGCAUGUGUGCACGCACGUGUGCAUAUGCACGCUUUGCUGCCAGGUCUGUGCAUGGGAGCACACGUGUGUGCAUGUUUGUGCAUGCUUUGCCUGCAGGGUCUAUGCAUGUGUGCACAUGCGUGUGCAUGUUUGUGCAUGCUUUGCCUGCAGGGUCUGUGCACGUGUGCACGCUUUGCAGGGGCUGUGCAUGGGAGCACAUGCAUGUGCAUGUGUGUGCACACUCUGCUUGCAGGGGCUGUGCACGGGAGCACAUUCAUGUGUGUGCACGCUUUACAGGGGUCGUGCAUGCGUGUGCAUGUGUGUGCAUGUUUUACUUGCACGGGCUGUGCACAGGAGCACACGCAUGUGCAUGUGUGUGCACGCUUUGGUUGCAGAGGCUGUGUAUGCACGUGAACACAUGGGCAUGUGUGCACACGCUUUGCUUGCAGAGACUUUGUACAUGAGCACAUGCGUGUGCAUGUGUGUGCACCCUUUGCAUAGACUGUGCAUGGGAGCACACACAUGCAUGUGUGUGCAUGCCUUGCAAGGACUGUGCACGGGAGCACACAGGUGCAUGUGUGCGCAUGCUUUACUUGCAGGGACUGUGCAUGGGAGCACACGUGUGUGCACACUUUGCUUGCAGGGGCUGUGCACAGGAGCACAUGCAUGUGCAUGUGUGUGCACACUUUGGUUGCAGGGUCUGUGCAUACAUGCGCACACAUGGGCAUGUGUGCACACACUUUGCUUGCAGGGGCUUUGUACAUGAGCACGUGUGCAUGUGUGUGCACGCUUUGCUUGCAAGACUGUGCACGGGAGCACGUGUGCAUGUGUGUGCAUGCUUUGCAUGCAGGGGUUGCGCGUGGGUGCACACACGUGUGCUUGCAUGUCCUUCUACUUGCCUGGGUGCACGUGUGUGCCCCGCCUCCCCCGCAGCCACAGGGCCCUCCCGUGUGUGCACGCACAUGCAUGUUCAUGCACACGCAUGCACACAUGUGGGCACUCUCAUGCACACGCACCCGGCUCACCCUCCCCCCCCCCCGGAAACGCUCCCUCCCCAAACCACAAGUGGGCCCAGGCGUCCGGGCGGGCGAGGAGGAGAUGGAGGAGGAGUCGGAGGAGCAAGGUGGCCCCCAUGUUCUGGGUCCUCGUGACCAUCAGGAUGUCCCUGCUCCCCACGAUCAUUAAGGUGUCCCUGGUCCUCACGGCCACCAGGACAUCCCCAGUCCUCCUGGUCACCAGGUUGUCCCCAGUCCUCGUGGCUAUUAAGGUGGCCCUGGUCCUCAUGGCUGAUGAGGGCUCCUCACGGUGACCUCAGGAUGUCCCCAGUUGUCAUGACCACCAGGACAUUCCCCAGUUCUCACGGCUAUUGGGAUGUUCCCGAGAUCUCAUGACUAUUACGAUGUCCUGGUCCUCGUGACCAUCAGGACAUCCCCAGACCUCAUGACCACCAGGGUAUCCCCAACUCUCAUAGUCGUUACGCUGUCGCUGGUUCUCCUGGCCACCAGGACAUCCCCAGUUCUCACAGGCAUUAAAAUGUCCCCUAGUCCCCAUCACCAUCAGGACAUUCCCCAGAUCUCACGGCCAUUAAGACGUCCCCGGUCCUGAUGACCACCAGGCCGUUCCCCAGCCCUCCUGGCCACCAAGACAUCCCCAUCCCUGGGCCAUGCCCUGGGGCUGUCACAACGUCCCCAUGUUGGCACUGUGCCCUGGGGAGUCAAUAUUGCCCCCAGCCCAUCGCGUGUCCCCAACCAGCCGGUCCCACCUGACGCUGAGGAACGAGGCCGGGGCUGGGAAGGCUUGGAGAAGACGUCCUGCUCCGGGCCAAGCACGGUCUCGCUCCUCGCUGCCGAAGCCUCCUCCGCUGCUGCCGGACGGGCGCGCGGCGCCUCGGCCUGCUCCUCCCGACGCCGCUAAUAAAUAAAUAAAAAAACAGGGCAAAUUUA